UACAAUCGAACGCUCCAACGUAGUUUGUAUUUACCUAUAUAAAUUUGUGGACGUUUUAUCAACACCAGUACUGAGCACAUCUUCAGAGACUAAAUAACAAAUAUUUUUAAAGAAUCCACACAAUGAUGUUCCUAGGGUUGAUCUUGUCUGCUCUCCUGGUAUCUGUUUUUGGACGUCCUCAAAAUGCACUUACCAACAGCCAACAACAGUAUUCUGUUCAACCAUCAGCAAAUGCAACAAUUAUCAAUAAGACUGAGCAAGUGAAUGAAGAUGGCAGUUUUAGUUUCAGUUUCGAAACAAGCGAUGGUACUCGCGUUCAACAAAACGGUUUCCUUAAGAAAUCAGAAAAUUUACCUGCAUCUUCUUCUUCUUCUGACAACCAGGAAGCGCAGAAUGGACUAAUUCAGGUUUUGAUGGGAGGGUACUCUUAUGUAGCACCAAAUGGAGAGACAAUACAAAUUCAGUACAUCGCUGAUGAAAAUGGUUUCCAACCACAAGGAAGUCAUAUUCCUACACCACCAACUAAUCAAGAAAAUAUAAUUCGUUCUCUGGAACAGAUCAAUAACAGUCCUCAACAGUAUGAUCAAGGAAAUGUUGUCAGUAGAGAUGUCUCUUCUCAAGAGGAGAUAGAAGGAUCUUCCGAAGAAGAAUAACACCUGAGUAACGAAAUAUAUUAUAAUAUGCCUGUACCUCGAUUUGUAAAUUUAAGUCUUAAGUUAUUAUCAAUAACAGAAUAUUUUUGUUAUGGAUUUUAAAAUAAAAAGUGAAUAUCAAAGCA